AUGGCGGACAUUCAGAUGGAGCAUGCUUACCAAAAGCAGCCUACAAUCUUUCAAAACAAGAAGCGUGUUUUGCGGGGAGAAACUGACGAGGAAAAACUCCCUCGGUACUACAAAAACAUCGGUCUAGGAUCCAAAACGUCCAAAGAGGCCAUCGCGGGCACCUACAUAGACAAGAAAUGCCCGUUCACCAGCAAUGUCUCCAUCCGAGGCCGCAUCCUGUCUGGUAUCGUGACAAAGAUGAAGAUGCAGAGGACCAUUGUCAUCCGCCGGGACUACCUCCAUUACAUCCGAAAAUGCAAUGGCUUUGAGAAGCGUCACAAGAGCAUGUCUGUGCAUCUUUCCCCGUUUCAGGGGUGUACAGAUCAGAUCGGUGACAGUGUCACUGUUGGAGACUGCGGGCCCCUGAGCAAGACUGUACGAUUCAAUGUGCUCAAGGUCACCAAGGCUGCUGGCACCAGUUUCAGCAGUUCUAAGGGGACUCUGGCCAAUGCCCUAGAACAAAUAAAUUGCCGCGAAACCUUCAUCAGUGCGGCGCCCAAGAGAAAACUAGUUGCUCCGUACCCGGCAACCGACACCGACUUCUCCCGGCUGUCCGGGCUCUGCAGAGCUGAGUGGAGGCGCGGGGGGCGCCGGGAUUUGUAG